CUGUAGUGUCACACUCGAGCUGCACACCUCUCAAGUAGAAAUGAAAAUCAACAAUAGUAAAACAACAAAAUUCGAAAUUCAACAAAAAUUUGUUACAUUUUUAUUGCGAAAUCAAAUUUGUUGCCUGGGAGAGGGAGGGAAGACGCAAAUAACAUAGACUUGGUCGCUUAUCGGUGUGGUGGAUCCAUUCCGUAAGUAUCAAGAGAAGUGUUGUGAAACUAUCGUUGAGAGGGAACGCUCGAAAACAAUCCACGAAGUCCCGUUCUCAAAUGAUAUGGGCAACUUGUAUAGCAAAGUGUGGUCGAGCAAGAAAAAGAACUCCAAAUUGUAUAUGAAACCGCUGCCAAAUGAUGCCUCGGUAUUGAAUGCUGUCGAGGAUAUUCAAACUAUCACGCCUGAGCAAGUUGAACAGCAAUUCGAAGACGUUUGCUGCGCCUCACACAAGGUUCUGUAUAGCUUAACUUACAAUCCGUGCGGCCAAUUGUCCAUGCGCAUCAGACAAUGCUUGGACGAAAAUGUCCUGCAAAUGUCCAAGUGCUUCGCCGAGAUGGACGAGUACAGAAAGUGCGUGAGCGAUAUGAUGGCGCAGAAGCUGGCUGGUGUCGUUAUCGACAAACAAGACGGCGACAAAUUCAACGAAAGCGAUUUGGAUGUGGAGACCAAAAGCCGGCCAAGCGGACGAAAGCAGGAGAAUGACUCGAGUAGCUGCGCGUAAGCUGCUUAGACUAUUUGCUAUGUAUUAUACGUGCGUGAAUAUAAAUUUAUAUAUUUUUUGUCAUUUUCGCUUCGAAGCUGAAGUGAGGGCUGUUUCUGAAAUAAUAAAGCUCUGUAUAUAAAGGUAAUAUCAA